AUGAUAGCUGAACGUCCUCAUGUUACGAUUCGAACUUACCUAUCAUUACCAUUCAAUGCCGCUUCCCGCUUGGUUGGAGGUAUAGCGAAUCGAGAGAUUCCGGUAUGGUUGCGUGAACCGUUGCUCGGAUUCUUCGCCCGUAUGUAUGACUGUCGAAUGGAUGAAGCUGUGCAAUCGGAUUUUCGAGCGUAUCCAUCCUUCGCGGCUUUUUUCAAUCGACAGCUGAAGAAGGAAGUGUCACCCGCAGACGGAGUAGUUUUGCACUAUGGAAAGGUAGAAGAUGGAAAGAUCGAAUAUGUGAAAGGCCAUGACUACGAGGUCGCGUCGUUCCUCGGUGAUGUCGAAAUGACACAGAGGGACGAGCUCGAUCUCUACCAGGUGGUCAUCUACCUUGCACCUGGUAACUAUCAUGCUUUCCAUUCACCUACACGAUGGGUUGCGAAAAUGUGUCGCCAUGUACCUGGUCUGUUGCUGUCCGUACGUCCAUCACUCCUCAGUCAUGUGCCUCAUCUUUUCUGCCUUAACGAGCGGGUAGUACUGAAUGGCACGUGGAAGCACGGCUUUUUCUCCUUAUCGGCCGUCGCUGCGACGAACGUCGGCGAUAUAGUCAUCGAUGCGGAGCCGUCAUUACGAACGAAUUUAGUGCGACGAAAGAAGGACAAGAUGCUGCAUACGGAGGUGGAUAUGCAUAGCGCUUAUCUUCCUGGCGAUAGAGUCGGCGAGUUCCGUCUGGGCUCCACUGUCGUCUUGGUAUUCCAAGGGCGGCCUCCGCCACGAUCGAUUGCCAUCAAAGCCGGUGGUGAUCCAUUGACGUUUCGGAACAGAGGGUCUGGUUAUUUACGUGUCGUUUAA